AAAAGGCAUUGGGAGGCGUGCGGUCUGUCAACAGCGCUCCAACAAACACAGCACCACACAUCUGCAGCUGUGAAGGGACGAAGACCCCACAGAAACCAGCCGGGACAAAAGACAACUUGUCGUUGUGUAGUUUUUUUUGUUUUGUUUUGUUUUUUUCCUAUUAUGGCCGACCAUCAUUUACAUUAUAAUGACUCGGCGGGCGUUGGGAACCGAUUCGCCCGUAAAGGUGCUUUGCGGCAGAAAAAUGUCCAUGAAGUGAAAAAUCAUAAAUUUACAGCAAGAUUUUUCAAGCAGCCGACGUUCUGCAGCCACUGUACAGACUUCAUAUGGGGGUUUGGAAAACAAGGAUUUCAAUGCCAAGUGUGCUGUUUUGUGGUUCACAAACGGUGCCAUGAGUUUGUCAGCUUCUCCUGUCCUGGAGCCGACAAGGGCCCUGACACAGACGACCCCAGAAGCAAACACAAGUUCAAGAUUCACACAUAUGGCAGUCCCACCUUCUGCGACCACUGUGGCUCUCUGCUGUACGGACUCAUCCACCAAGGGAUGAAAUGCGACACCUGUGACAUGAAUGUGCAUAAGCAGUGUGUGGUCAAUGUGCCAAGUCUGUGUGGGACGGAUCACACGGAGCGUCGGGGUCGCCUCUUCCUCAAGAUCGAGGUCGGCGGAGACAGGCUACAUAUCACAGUGGGUGAAGCCAGGAACCUGAUCCCUAUGGAUCCAAAUGGGUUAUCAGACCCGUAUGUUAAACUCAAGCUCAUCCCAGACCCAAAGAACGAGACCAAACAAAAGACCAGGACCAUCCGUUCCUCUCUGAACCCCUGCUGGAAUGAGUCAUUCACCUUUAAGCUGAAAGCAUCAGACAAAGACCGCCGUCUGUCCAUCGAGGUCUGGGACUGGGAUCGAACCACCAGGAACGACUUUAUGGGCUCCAUGUCGUUUGGAGUAUCUGAGCUGAUCAAAGCUACCACCUGUGGAUGGUACAAACUACUGAACCAGGAGGAGGGGGAGUAUUACAACGUCCCCAUCCCUGAGGUGGAUGACCUCGAGCUCCGGCAGAAGUUUGAGGCCUGCCAGUUAAAUAUCCACUAUCUCAAGAAAGCCAAGAUGGGCCACGGUAAGAAAGUGAUCACCCCAACAGACCACCGGCGGUUCAGCCUGCCUUCAGGUAACAUGGACAGGGUCCGACUCAGCGACUUUAACUUCCUGGCUCUGUUGGGGAAAGGCAGCUUUGGAAAGGUAAUGUUGGCAGAAAUGAAAUCAACUGAGUCGCUGUACGCCAUCAAGAUCCUGAAGAAAGACGUUGUGAUCCAGGAUGAUGAUGUUGAAUGUACGAUGGUGGAGAAGAGGGUGUUGGCCCAGCGGGACAAGCCACCUUUCCUCACACAGCUGCACUCCUGCUUCCAGACUGUGGAUCGACUCUACUUUGUGAUGGAGUACAUCAACGGAGGAGACCUCAUGUAUCAUAUCCAGCGUAUGGGCAAGUUCAAGGAACCACAGGCAGUAUUCUAUGCUGCAGAGAUCGCUGUUGGUCUGUUUUUCCUGCAUCGAAAGGGAAUCAUCUACAGGGAUUUGAAGCUUGACAACGUCAUGCUGGACUCUGAAGGCCACAUUAAGAUAGCCGACUUUGGAAUGUGUAAAGAAAACAUGUAUGAAGGCAUGACCACACGCACCUUCUGCGGCACCCCGGACUACAUCGCACCAGAGAUUAUAGCAUACCAGCCCUAUGGGAAAUCUGUGGAUUGGUGGGCUUAUGGAGUUCUUCUGUAUGAGAUGUUGGCAGGACAGCCUCCGUUUGAUGGUGAAGAUGAAGAUGAACUCUUCCAAUCGAUCAUGGAGCACAACGUGUCAUACCCGAAGUCCAUGUCUAAAGAAGCUGUGUCCAUCUGCAAAGGACUGAUGACCAAGCACCCGUCCAAGCGUCUCGGCUGUGGCCCAGAAGGUGAGAGGGACAUCAAGGAGCAGGCCUUCUUCAGACGCAUCGACUGGGAUCGCCUGGCCUCCAGAGAGAUCCAACCGCCAUUUAAACCUAAAGUGUGUGGCAAAGGGGCGGAAAACUUUGACAAGUUCUUCACGCGUACCCAGCCUGUGCUGACCCCUCCAGACCAGCUUGUGAUCGCCAACAUCGACCAGAACGAAUUUGCUGGCUUCUCCUACAUCAACCCUCAGUUCGUCCCUCCAUCGCAGCACAGUGUGGUAUGAGGAGAGAGCAGGGAGGCAGAGGAAGAAAAAACAGCUUGGAUUGUCAUUGAAAAUAGGAUCCUUCCAAAUCAACGUCCAUCCUCUACAUUGUUCACUUAACCACUUAUCUAUAUUUAUGUACAGAGAUGAUUGACAGCAAUGUUAAACAUUUUUGUGGGUGUGUGAGCACAAUCUGAACACUACAGCCAGAGAAAACAUACACAACAUCAAUAUUUGAGUAUUUUUUCCCCUCACACAGCUCAUACAUCUCAUGUUAUUUUCUUUAAUCUGAAUCUGUAUCGUCACCUCUUCAAACCUGCAGCCUUUUUCCUGCUCUGUGCAAUUAUGUUUAUCAGUUAUUAUCUCAUUAGGUAUCAGUGUAAAGAUGUUUAAACACUCUUUCUCAUCCCUCUCAUGUUCCCCCUUCUUACUACGCAACAAGCUGCAAUGCAUGAUGAGAACAGAACGUGUUUUUCUGCUCUGUCCCGGCUUUGUCUACUUCUGAACUGCUACACCUGUAUAUUAUAUUUCUACACGAAAAAAAAAAACAAGUAGUACACCGUCACAUGAGUGCCAAAGUAGAAGUGGAAGAAAGCAUCUGUUUUGCGGUUCUUUUGUCCUUGUAAUGUUUCCCUCUAUCUUGGCUUGAGUCGUCUUUCCAAGCAACACAGUGCAAACCCCAAAUGGGACCGUUUCUAUAUCAGGAUGUCUUGUCUUACACAGAGCUACAGAAGCACAUAUUGCUUGCGGUAACAGCCUGUCUUGGCCUUUUCACUGCAGUGUAUGUUGCGUACGGUGGGUGGAUGCAGAGUAAAUACAAGUAUAUAGGGUCAGAAAACUGUGGAUCAAAGAGAUUGUGUUUUGAUUCAACUAUAAAGAUGCUAUUUCCAUAUGCACAAAGCAGUUCUCUGUUGCAUGCUUAUUUUCUGACUCUGUAUGAGCAGUAGACUCUAGGAUGCAGUACAUGUCUGGUAUCAAUGUAAAGUUUAGUAUUAUGAUAUAAACUAUGUUAAUAUAUACUUGUUGUAUGUUUUGAAGAGUCUUAUUCUGAAAAGUUUAUCACUUCUUUCUAAUUGCCGAGGGAAAAGGGUUCUGUUCCUGUUUUACGUUCCGCUUAUUGAAACUUUUAUGUCCAGACAGAUGUUUACCCUCUACAGUAUGUCAACCGUUUUGUAAAUAGAAAAGAGAAGUUACUUGCAGAUUUUAUACAAUGAACUGAAUGUGCUUUUACUACCUUAGACAGUUUGGACAUUUCUAUGUUUAGAUUUCCCCAAAAAGAGACAUUAUGUUUGGCUGAAUCUUUGGUAGCUUUGGUAUCAGCAAACCUUGUUAUAUGUAUUUCCACUAUUUACCCUUUGUUUUCUACUACUCUGUGUCAUAGAGAAUAUGCAGCACCACCUGUGUGUAAUGUGAUCGAUGCCCUUUUGCCUUGGUCUUCUCAGGGCUCACUCCUUCUGUAACAAACCGAACUCAAAACCAACUGAGGAUUUCCCAGCGGUCUGUGGCUGAAACGUGUCUUUUCUUCUAUGCGUAUAUCGUGUGCAUGCGUGAGGCCAGGCCUGAUCUAAGCAUGAGAAAGACCUUUGCAUGAUACACAGAUCCCCCUAGUGUGGAGCAUGGAGUUUCCCACUUUGUUGUAGUGGGAUGAGGCAAACCCGUCCGGCGAGCGUUGUGUGCUUUUCUGCUCUUCAUCUCUUCCUACUCGCUGUCAUGUAGCUCACCCAGUUUAAGUCCUGUUUGGCUAAAAAAAAAAAAAAAAAGCUGAAUUAUUAACUGUCAAAAAAA